CAUUUCCUUGUAAAUCUACUCUAGGUCUCCUCUCGUGAAACAGCUGAAAUGGCUCUCAAUGGUAAAACUGCAGUAGUGACCGGAGCUGCAAUGGGAAUAGGAAGGUCAAUAGCUGAACUUCUUCUGCAAAAUGGUGCCAAGGGUUGUAUUUGCAAGAAUGGACCAAGGAAUGGUCUGUCUGAUGACUCAAAAUGAAAUUUUCAUCCUCACCGAAGAGGGAUGGGAAAGAAACAGGUGGCCAUCCUGGACAUGAAUGAAGCUGCAGGACAGAGUUUAGUUGAAACCCUGAACAAAGAGCAUGGACCAGACCGAGUCCUGUUCCUGCUGUGCAACGUAGAGUCAGGAGAGGAGAUCAAAGCUGCCUUUCAGAAAACUGUAGAAACCUUUGGUGGAAUUGACAUCCUGGUCAACAAUGCUGGCAUCUUCAAUGAGAUAAUGUGGGAGAAAACUAUUGGCAUCAACCUUGCUGGCUGUAUUAGGGGGGCUUACCUGGUUAUCGAGCACAUGAACAAGCUGACUGGGGGUCGUGGAGGGGUCAUCGUCAAUGUGGCAUCCAUAGCAGGUAUUGGCCUUCUGUCUUGCUGCCCUGUGUAUACAGCCACCAAGCAUGGAGUGGUUGGGUUUACUCGAGCAUUUGCGGCUGCCUCAGUUGCAUCAGGCUAUGGUAUACGGAUGAAUGCCCUCUGCCCGGGAUUCGCUCAAACGGACCUCUUCUCCUCUGUCCAGUCCAGACUGGGACAAUUCUCCAACUUGGCAGGUGCCAACCAGGAACUGAUAGAAAAACUUGGCGUGUUAACGUCUGCAGAAGUAGUCCAGGGCUUCCUUGAGCUGGUGACCGAUGAGACCAAAAAUGGACAAGCUCUCAUAGUACUCCCGAAAGAGAAGAAAUAUGCAACUUUUCCAGUAUCACCCACGGAUUAACUCAUGACAAUAUUUCAAGUCUUUCAGGCCAGAGUUUAAACUUCUGUACAGCAAUAAAAGAUGAAAAUAUAAAA